UUGUUAGGGAAAUGAAUUUCCUUGUCUGUGUCAGGCGAGUGACGGAGCGGUAUGGCGAAUUAAACCAUUAAACAGACCCAAUACAGUCAUCUUUUUCAUGGUUUCCGGUGUUUCACUAACUGAUGGACUCCCCUGCGCGUGUAAAAGUAAGCUGGUUGAUGUGAAAUCGGCUACGCCUGUGUGAUUUCCCGGCGGAUUGUGGACGGAGUCGCGGCUGUGUGCGAUGAUGACCGCGGAGCUGCUGCUGUCGGACCCGGACAGCCGCUUCUGCGCCGAUAACCUGCUGACCAGCGAGGACUGGGAUGCCUGUCUGUAUCAGUGUGAGGAUAUGGAGGAGGAUUUCACCGGAGAACUGAAGUAUAACACAUCGCUGGACCGGGAUCUCAUCCUCACGCUGGACCCUGAUAACCCCACGUCACCAUGGAAGAACCUGGACCUCAACCUCACAGGUGAAAUGUCAGUCAUGAAGGAUGAAAUGACAAUAACACAACCUCUGCCAGUGGACAUGUUUUUCCAGGUGAAGACCGAACCUCCGUCACCGUCGUCGUCUCUGACCUCUGACAGCUCCAUACUGUCUUUACCUGAAGCUCAGGUGAUGGUGAAAAGUGAGAACCCGCCCACUCCGCCGUACAUGUAUGGAGACGUGCUGUCGCCGCCGCUGGCCAGUGUGGAGGUGACCGUCGCCAGCGUCGCUCCACAGCAUCAUCCUCCUGCUGCCCUGACCGUACAGACGCUGAGCAGCCUCGACGCACAAACCACAGCCACACUGAAGGCCAGCAGCAUUCUGAGCAGCAAACCUCUGCUCCAGCCCAAACCCGUGUGUGUGACGCCGCUGCCUGUGGCUCCGAGCCCGAGUCCGGCCAAAGCCCUGAUCCUGCAGAGCCUUCCUGUUCCUGUUUCUCCAAUCGACCAGAACGCCACACCUGUGGUUCUGUCUCAGUCCGUGUGUCUGGGUUCUGCUCCUGCUAUAGUGAAGAUGGAGCCUCUCUCUCCCAGCAUGCCUCACUGCAGCAGCCCGUCAGCCCCGGCCCCGAGCAAACCCAUCAUCCCCGCGUCCAGCCUGCCUGCCAGCAGCUGCAGUGACAUAGACAUGAAGGUUCUGAAGCGGCAGCAGCGCAUGAUCAAGAACCGAGAGUCGGCCUGUCAGAGCCGCAAGAAGAAGAAGGAGUACCUGCAGAACCUGGAGGCGCAGCUGCGGGAGGCGCAGCAGGAGAACGAGCGUCUGCGCAGAGAAAACCAGGCGCUGCGGCUGAGGCUCGCCGGGAAAGAGGCUGUUGAAUCCGGCAGCAAUAAGAGAGCUGUGUGCGUGAUGGCUCUGUUCCUCUUCAUCACCUUCACCUUCGGCCCCGUCAGUCUCAAAGAGCGGACACUGGACGCGGGGUUAGAGGAAGCGGCCGUGCCUCUGACAGGAAGACACCUGCUGGAGUUUGAGAGCUCUCAGGAGCCGAGCGGGAACAUGGAGCGAGAGGAAGGAGAAGCCGAGCUGGAGAAAGAGCCUGCGCUCUCAUAUCAGUUCAGGAAUCAGAGCGCUGUGUUCAGUGACGUGAAGGAGCUGCUCCUGCAGGAUAUCGACCGGUACUUCUCCUCUCCGGACUGCCGGCAGUUCAAUCGCUCCGAGUCCCUCAGGUUGGCGGAUGAGCUGCGCGGAUGGGUUCAUCGACAUCAGAGCAACCGGAAGUCUGAUGGGAAGCCUAAGGUUGUGAAGAAGACUAAAAUAGCUCAGCAGAAAGCUCAGCACAGGAAGACAAACUUCUCCAGGUACCUUCCUAUUCAGGCUCAUCGAUCCAUAGAAAGUCAGCUGCAGGUGCUGCCGGGGCCGGAGAUCAGCUACAGCGACUUCCUGGACGCCAUCGACCGGCGCGAGGACACCUUCUACGUCGUGUCCUUCAGACGGGAUCACCUGCUGUUACCUGCCAUCAGCCACAAUAAAACAUCUCGACCCAAAAUGUCUCUGGUCAUGCCUGCCAUGGCCAUCAACGAUUCGGUGUAUAACUCGUCUCAGGGUGGUUAUGAGAUGAUGAUGCAGGUGGACUGUGAGGUGAUGGACACCAGGAUCAUCCCAAUCAAAUCCUCUGUAGUCCCGCCCUCUCUCAGAGACCCGCCCCCCGCCCCGCCUCCUCACCAUCAUCACCACGGCAACCACACCUCCCUCCGCAGCCGCACCCAGCAGUCCCACGGCAGGCGGAGGGGAUCGGGUUACUUGAUCAGCCAGAGCGGGUCCGUGUGACGCUUCCACAUCAGACACGCUAAAGUGACGCUUCUUCAGUCCGUUGCACUUACACGGUUGCCGUGGCGUGUGCCACACAUUUCCUUCCUUCCUUCCUGUUUGUGUUCAGACCUUCUGUUCCUGUAUGCAGUGCAUCACCUGCUGUCUUUUUUUUUUUUUUUUUUUUAUACGUAUGUUGUUUUGUUUUUUUACAGAUUUUUAUUGAGAUUAUUUAAAAAAAUAAUGUGCUUCUACUAGAUGUGUGUGAUAUAAAUAUUUGAACAUAAGAAAUAAUUUCCGUCACGCGUUUCUACAUGUAUGUACUUUAAUCUUUCUCACGGUCGAGUUUUUCAGAUAUGAAUCAGGAGGUUUGCUGAAGAUUGUCCGUUCUCAUUGGAGCUUGUGGUUUUUGACGUCAGUAAAAACACAUUUUAGGACGUUACAGAAUCUUCUGCCUGUAAUGUUUUAGUUUGCAGACGUCUGGUCUUCAGUGUGUCGCUGCUUUUGCUACAAACCACUAUCAUGAUCCGAUCACAUCUGUAAUAUUUGCUGAAAUUCAUGUUUAUUCAACUGAAGUUAUUAUUGUAAAGACUCGAUACAAUCCAGAAUGGAUCUGUGUACCAGUUUUUAUUAGUGAAUGAGUUUUGAUUGACAGGUGCGGGAAGCGUUUGUUUGCCGAUCCGCUCCACCAGCAGUCCAAACGUCUCUUGGUUUUGUUAUCUGCGUUCACACACAAAGGGAACAAAACGAUGUACAUUUUCAUUGCAGAGACUUUUCUUUCUGUGAAGUUGUUUAUCUUCUGAUCAAAGGUAUUUUUUGUUUUCCGUCUGCGAUCUUCAUGACUUCUUUUCAAAUGUAUCUGUGAUGAUGAUGAUGAUGAUGAUGAAACUUUCCCAUCAUGCAAUGCUCUAGCAUGCUUCUGUUAUCUGUGAUGGAGGGAUGAUUUAUGUAAAUUUAAACCUGCUUUUUUACUUUUUUAUUUAAACGAGCAUUCACAAGGAAAAUGCUUCACAUUUUCUCUUCCUGUCUUGAACUACUGUCUUCGUUUGUAGAGGAGAAAAUAAAUUUGAUAAAUACUAA